CGAACGGCGCGGGCAAAUCAACGACGUUCAACAUGUUCCGCCCGUCUCUCACUAUAGCCUGCUAUACCGUGGCGAGGAGCUCACUCGGAACGUCCAGGUGUUGGUACUAUGCGCAACGUCAUUGGACAUUUAUGCGGACCGCCUGGCUGUACGGCUGCCGGGUGGAAAUCAGCGCAAGCUGGCGUUGGCCAUCGCGCUCAUAGGGAACUCGUGCUCGAUGAGUUCUCCACGGGUAUCGACACUUGAGAUGGAGGUCGUGUUUGCUGCAGCUGUGGGCACAACCGAUGCACUGGCCCAACGAUAUGCCACCUACGAGGUGCAUUUCUGUUGUCCGACGUGCGAUGAGGUCGUCCGCGCACAGGAGCUCAUGACACAAAUUCCCGGAGCAUGCAUGGCAGACGACGUCGCGACGCGCUUCAAAGUGCCGCUCGGGACGAACAUGUCCCUUGCACGACUCUUCGGGUUACUCUCAUCGCAAGAGGACUUCGCGCGGAGUUCACCGUACAAAGAGCGGGAUUGGGGAGCAUGUUCUUGUCUCCAGUCCGCUCUUUGUAGAGCGAAGGUCAUCCGAGAGAACGAUGUGCUAUGAGGACCGCUCGACGCCUAAGCGGAGGUGGCGGAGGACUUGCUGAUAGUGGUCAGCCAUUGUUUCU